GCCAGGACUAAUAUAUCUCUGAGUAGGACAAACCUUCAGAUUGCUAUCGUGGACAACGAAACAGCUCCUGUGAUAGUAGAACUGGAAAAGACAGGAUACACUGCAUCAGAGAGUCACCCCUUGAUUAUCAUCUGUGCAGUCAUCACCGACAAUAGCUCAGAUUGUGCAGUGGAAUUUCAGUUUGAAGUGAUGCUUACAGUUAAUGCUACCACUGAAGAUUUUUCUGAAACUCAACUUCCUCUGGUGUUUGCUGCUUGUGAAGCAAUAGCCUGUGCCGAAGUAGAAGUUGAGGAUGAUAGUAUUGCUGAGACAGAUGAAUCAUUCUCUGUCAUGCUGGAGAGAUCUGAUAGCCUAGACAGCAGGAUUGAGCUGUCAGCUUCUAUUGCAAAUCUAACUAUUGAAGGGGACGAUGAUGCUAUGGUUGUUGGGUUUAACUCCACCACAUACACUGGGACUGAGACAGCCGGACAUGCUAGAGUGUGUGUUGAAGUCUCAAACCCUUCUUCUGGUGGAGCUGUCAGACCAUUCAGCAUCACCAUGUUU